AUGCUUUCGCUCAAGACCAGCGUUCUGGCAGCAGUUACUCUGCUUGCCUCGGCUGUCCGUGCUGAUUACUACAUUGAUCCCGAUAGUGUCUCGCUAUCUACGAGAAACAGUUGGUGCCAGCAGGAGUUGACCACAUGCCCAAUCAUCUGCAAACAGACCACCCCUGGCACAACUUUGAUCAACACAUGUGACCCUAAAACCCUCACUUAUGGAUGCCUGUGUGGCAACAACCUACAGCCGAACGUCUCCGAGUACUCUCUAACACUGCCAUACUUCACCUGCACAGAAUGGGGCACCCAGUGUGUUAAGGCAUGUGGAUCAGACAAUGGGUGUUCGAGUGAUUGCCGACAAGACCACCCUUGUGGUGCUCAGAACCCUACCAAAGUCAACGUCACAUCGACUUCAUCGGCCGGCUCAACAGCCACAGGCAGCAGCACUGCCUCGGGAACUGGUGCUGCCAUCUAUACUGGUCUUGAUGGCAGUGGCGCGACUGCGACCUCUUCCCCGAACAGCGGUUCCAACCUUGAGGCCUUCAACAUAGGAGGUCUUUUGGCGCUGGCUGCCAGCGUUGCCCUCGGCUUCGGUAUCAUGCUAUAA